AUGCGUACACCGCUCCUCCGCGUGACGCUCCUGGCGGCGUUCAUCGCCGCUGCAUCCGCCGAUCGAUCACUUAAUUGGGCCCAGGCCCUCGAGUUCGUUGAUGCUGCACCCGUCGCCCGCCCGCCGCCGCCGCCGCCGACGACACCAAGAGACGUCCUGCGGAACCUCGCUCUGUCUUGGCUGGGUUCAUGGCUGAGAGAUAACGCGUUCUCGGUCGCUGCUCAAUCAGGCGCCAGCUCAUCGAGCCCGUUUCUCUCCAGUUCAUUCUGGCAGACGUUCGCGGCACCAUUCCUUCAGGAGCGCCUCGGCAUCGUCUCGGCAAUGUCAGGGCAGCCGAAGCUAGAGCCCGUUAACCUUUCCCAGCUCCCAGGGUUCGAAACAAGUUCGGAGGAGUCCACUUUCGUCCAGAAGCUGCUCGGCGACGACUACCCCGUUGGUGAGCUCAUACGCACCGACCCGGGCUUCGCAGACCGCUUGUGCGACUCCGCCUUUCUGCGAGGCGUGUCAGGUUCUGGGUACGACGUCACCGAGGUCAACGACGCAUGGAACAACGCUUCGCCACUUCGAGCUGAAGGCGUGCUGCCGAUGGGCUGCACUCGUGGCUGCGUCAUCGGAGGAGGCUGGGUCGAGCAACUGGCGAGAAUUUACGGCAUCGGACGCACGCUCACCACUAGUUCGUGGCGCGGGAAGUGCUUCAGCGAUGAGAUUGUGCCCGAGCCGAUUGACAGAAACUCAACCGGACCGUACCAGCCCGGUUCCAAGGUGACCAACAGAAUCAAGCUGAACUACGGAUUGACGCUUAACAACCUGUUCGGUCUUAACGAGCCCGUCAACACACUCUUCCCAGGUCGCGUAUACGUCGGUCAAUCUCUCGCGUCUCCGAGCGAGACUGCGAUGAUCGUUGACUACAGCGAUCACGACCACGAGUUCAGCCCGUUCCGUGAUGAGAUCCGCGAGAUCUACCCUGGCGUCUAUUUGGGUAAAAUGUACGCUCUGCCCGGUGCUUCGCUGUGGGACGGUGCGAUUGCGCUCUCGUCAGACGAGCCUACAUUCGCGAUUCAUUUCAUUUUAUUCAAACAACCCGGACAGAGCCUAGCUCAAGCGUACCGAAAUGCUGUGAAGCGAUGA